AUGACUCAAACAUCUCCUUCCCACCGUCGCUCUCCCUCUACUCCUUAUUCCAAGUCCAAAACCUCUCGUCCAGUCUUACAUCGUCGAGGAACCUCCGGUGCAACUGUCACUAUCUCAAAAUUGGGCUCAGGAAAGGAUCGGGGAGUGAAGCCAUCCCAAGACGACUUCGAUAUGGCUAGUUUCUUGAACUUUUGUGCUAUGUGCGAAAACCAAAUCACAACCCCCAACAACUCUCUCCUAUAUUGUAGCGAAAGCUGCCGCCGCAAGGACUCCUGCAAACCACUCUCAGCAUCUCUCCCAUCUAUGUCCACAAUGUCCACAACACCUCCAGCAUCUCCCCCUCUCUCUCCACGCACCAUCGUUGCACCCAUGACUCCUACCGGAGCUCCCUUCCACGGGAAUACCAGCCACACCCACGAUGCCAAGUCAGAUCUUGACCCCACCGAGUGGAAGCCCGUCUUACUGCGCAGCAGCUCGUCUCUCGCAUCUUCUGACGCUUGGAACUACCUGUCCCAGUUCCACGGCGAGCCAAUGCGACCCACCGUCCACCGCAGCUCUUCUAGCCUGCCUGCCCUGGCCGGCGGCAAUGCCUCCAGCCACAGCCGCGUGCCCUCGCUGACCAACACGCCCUCCGUGGCCUCGUCCUUCAGCAGCACCGCCUCUGACUACCUGGGCAGCCUGCACGAGUCUCGCCCGCUGCCCCCGCGCCACAACCCGUACUUCUCGGGAACCAGCGUGAGCAAGGGUAUGGAGCUCGUUGUGCCCCACAUCGCUGUUAACGACGAUCUGGAUCCCGUUGGCUUCUCGGACAGUGGCUCCAUCUUCCCGGCCAGCAGUGCUGUCUGGGAAGAUAGCUGUGACAAGCGCUCCAAGCCUAUCACCAUGGCUCGGGGAGUCGGCGGCCGGCCCGCCGGUGCUUUUGUGAAGAACUAA